GCACGCACACGCACGCACAUAAGAUGUAGGUGAGAGGAGCUGCAGCGCACAGAGCUCCGGAGCAGGCUGGACAGAUCCUCACUAUUUCUUUCAUACGUACAUCUAUUUUUAUGCACAAACACCGCCAUUAUGUUGUGGACAGCGAGCCAAGUCUUAAGGAAAUUCUCCACCUCCUCCCAUUAUUACCAGAAUAAGGUAAAACUAGCCAUUAUUGGUCAGAGUCUGUUUGGCCAAGAGGUGUACAGUAACCUGAGGAAGCAGGGUCACAAGGUUGUGGGUGUAUUCACAGUUCCUGACAAAGAUGGCAAGGCUGACCCCCUGGCGGUGGCAGCGGACAAAGACGGGACGCCGGUGUUCAAAUUUCCAAGGUGGCGCGUCAAAGGAAAGCCUAUCCCAGAGGUGGUGGAUGCAUAUAAAUCAGUGGGCGCAGAGCUCAACGUCAUGCCCUUCUGUUCCCAGUUCAUUCCCAUGAAUGUGAUCGACCAUCCCAAGCAUGGAUCCAUCAUCUACCACCCUUCGAUCUUACCCCUGCACAGGGGAGCUUCUGCGAUCAACUGGACCCUUAUUCAUGGUGACAAAAAAGCUGGCUUCACAGUGUUCUGGGCUGAUGAUGGGCUGGACACGGGUCCUAUCCUGCUGCAGAGAGAGUGUGCUGUCGAGACAACUGAUACAGUGGACACGCUGUACAACCGCUUCCUCUUCCCAGAAGGCAUCAAAGCUAUGGUGGAGGCGGUGCAGCUCAUAGCUGAUGGAAAGGCACCUCGAAUUCCCCAGACAGAAGAAGGAGCGAGUUAUGAGGGUAUCCAGAAGAAAUCCAACUCCAGGGUUAACUGGGGCCAGCCCGCUGAGGCUAUCCACAACUGGAUCCGCGGCCAUGACAAAGUCCCCGGAGCUUGGACUGUCAUUGAUGGUCAGUCUGUAACCCUUUAUGGUUCGUCCAUGUUGGGUGGGUCAGUACCUGCUGGUCAAGCCCUGGAAAUUGAGGGGGCUUCCCAACCCGGGCUUGUCACAAAGAAUGGGCUGGUCCUGUAUGGAUCUGAUGGAAAAGCUCUCCUGGUGAAGAAUCUGCAGUUUCAAGAUGGAAAGAUGAUCCCUGCUUCCAAGUACUUCUCCUCAGGAGAGAGCUCCAGCGUGGAGCUGACUGACGAUGAGAAGAACAUGGCCGAGGCAAUCAGGAACAUCUGGAAGAGCAUCCUCAGCAAUGUAGCAGCUAUCGAGGAUACGACAGACUUCUUCAAGUCCGGAGCGGCGUCCAUGGAUGUUGUUAGGUUAGUGGAGGAGGUCAAGCAAGAGUGUGCAGGCGUCCAGCUGCAAAAUGAGGAUGUGUACAUGGCUACCACCUUCCAGGACUUCAUCCAGAUGUUCGUCCGCAAGCUUCGAGGGGAGGACCAGGAGGAGGAGCAGGUCAUUGACUAUGCAACGAAAGAAGUGAACAACAUGACAGUGAACAUGCCGCACCAGUGUUUUAUUGAUGGCAAAUUUGAGAAUGCAGAAAAUGGCAAGACCUACAACACCAUUAAUCCUACUGAUGGAUCUGUGAUCUGUAAGGUGUCGUACGCCUCAGUCGGAGAUGUUGACCGGGCUGUGGCUGCUGCCAAAGAAGCUUUUGAUAAUGGACCUUGGGGCAGGAUGAAUCCUAGAGAUAGAGGAAGUCUUCUCUAUAAGCUCGCAGACCUGAUGGAGGAACACCAGGAGGAGUUGGCCACUAUCGAGUCCAUUGACUCAGGAGCUGUUUACACACUCGCCCUCAAGACACACGUGGGCAUGUCCAUCCAGACGCUCCGCUACUUUGCAGGCUGGUGUGACAAAAUCCAGGGCAAGACAAUCCCCAUCAACCAAGCUAGACCCAACCGGAACCUGACCUUCACAAAGAAAGAACCCCUGGGAGUUUGUGCCAUAGUUAUUCCAUGGAACUACCCUCUCAUGAUGCUGGCCUGGAAGAGUGCAGCCUGUCUGGCAACUGGAAACACACUGGUCCUUAAACCUGCACAGGUAACCCCUUUGACUGCUCUGAAGUUUGCUGAGCUUUCAGUGAAAGCUGGAAUCCCAAAAGGAGUCAUCAAUAUAUUACCAGGCUCAGGUGGCAUGGUGGGACAGCGACUCUCGGACCACCCGGAUAUUCGCAAGCUGGGAUUCACCGGCUCCACUCCGAUCGGCAAACAGAUCAUGAAGAGCUGUGCGCUGAGUAACCUGAAGAAGGUCUCUCUGGAGCUGGGAGGAAAAUCACCCCUGAUCAUCUUCAGCGACUGUGACAUGGACAAGGCUGUUCGCAUGGGCAUGAGCUCAGUGUUUUUCAACAAGGGGGAGAACUGCAUUGCUGCUGGACGUCUGUUUGUGGAGGAGUCCAUACACGAUGAGUUCAUCAGCCGAGUGGUGGAAGAGAUCAAGAAGAUGAAGAUUGGAGACCCUCUGGAUCGAUCCACAGACCAUGGUCCACAAAACCACAAAGCUCACAUGGACAAACUGCUGGAGUACUGUGAGACAGGAGUGAAGGAGGGGGCCAUGCUGGUGUAUGGAGGCAAACAGGUCGACAGGCCAGGUUUCUUCAUGGAGCCCACUGUGUUCACUGGUGUAGAGGACCACAUGUUCAUUGCUAAAGAGGAGUCAUUUGGCCCUGUCAUGGUCGUGUCUAAAUUUAAAGACGGUGAUGUGGAUGGUGUGCUUCAGAGAGCCAAUGACACAGAGUAUGGCCUGGCCUCAGGCGUGUUCACCCGGGACAUUAACAAAGCCAUGUACGUCAGCGAGCGACUGGAGGCUGGAACCGUGUUCGUAAACACAUACAACAAAACCGAUGUCGCCUCGCCUUUUGGAGGCUUCAAGCAGUCAGGCUUCGGCAAAGACCUCGGAGAGGACGCCCUCUUGGAAUACCUCAAAACUAAAGCAGUGACUGUUGAGUACUGAGCCUCCAAGUUUUACAAUGAACUCUGAAUCACUUGUUGAAAGUAAAGGAACUCAGUAAUACAGGAUUCAUUGUUUUUUUCCAAACCUGGAAGUGCGUUUUCACCAGGACUGUACCAGCAGCUAGAGAGAGCUUAGUUGUACUUUCGGGCUACGUGGCUUUUCUUGAAAGUAUUACACAUAUAUUCAACAAAGGCAAAGUUUGUCGUUAUUGUUUUAGACAUAUGGACUUGCAUUCAACGUCAUCCUUACAUGGAUGCCACCCCAAAUGGAGGUUCUUCAGGGUUAAGCAUUGGAGGAAAAAGAAAAUAGGUUGAGCUUAAAAGAUUACUCCUUAAAACGUGUUUGGCCUGUCUCAGUCUCAUAAACUUGUCAAGCUGCCUCUAUUUUUCCUUUUGUGAUCUUUGGAAGGCAGCUUUGAGCUGCUGUGUGCUAUAUCAGAAACGGAACAGUUCUUAAUCCUUGGACAAAGUGAAUGUUUUUAUGAUCCAUUGUAUCUGCGAGUCAGAUCUAGGGCUAUUCAAUUCUACAUUGGAUAGGACUAAGCAAAGAAAGCCCCAGGUUAUUUACCUGUUAGCAUUUUCCAAUACUUGGACCUGAUUUCGACCUUUUAGGGAGGCCAUCUAGUGGCUGUAAAGUUCUGUAAAAUAAACUAGAUGAGACACAGGGAAGAUGAGUAUAAGACGAUAACCGUGUCCCACUGAACUCUCAACAAUGUUCCAGCUGCUUUGCAUUUUUCUUAACAGCAGCACAUAUUUUCUCCAAAAACGGAGUUGAGGUCAGAUCAACAAAAUAACAGCUGUGGUUAUUUGUGUUUUUUAUGGUUUGUGUUGCCCCUUAACAGAAUAGCGCCAUAGGCAGUGAGCCAUAUCCCCCUUAUCAAAUACUAACACACACCCUCUUUCAUUUCUAGGGGUUUUGGGGUUUACCCACUUUUAUUUCUCAAACUUUCAUUUUAGCUUCAACAUUGUUUAAUAAUGUAGGUCAUUAAUUAUGAACGCUGGUAAAGACCAGAUAAUUUAUACAUUGAUAGAGGGGCUCGUUUUAUUUUGCCUGUAAAUGUAUGUAAAGUAAAUACUGUGUAAGUGAACAGUGGAACGAAACCCUUAGAGUGGAAAGGGAAUGGCUAGCUUAGCUCACUAACUAGUGUUUGAUGCCACAUUUGAGUCAUUUCUAAAUAUCACCUCUUGUAAGCCUUUAUCUUCAAAACUAUCUUUGUGCAGAUGUAAAAAAUCCCCCUUUUUCUGCCUUUUUUUCUAAAUAAAAUUUCUUUAUAAAUAUUUUUUACAAAAUAAGGAUAAAAGUAGAUGUUUUGUUGUGUAAAAAUAUCCAAACCCUUCUGUAUUCAUCAAAGAAACACCAUAUAGAUGUUUUAUCCAUUACUAAUGUGACAGGAUUCUGAAGUUUUCUACUAUGAAAGGCAGCAAAGGCUCCAGAGGGAGUGUUUUCUUACUCUGUGGAAAAUGCGACAAACGUCAACUCAAUAAACAGUAACUCUGUG